AUGCCCCGAAACGGUAUCCUCCGCCAGGCCAACAACCUGAAGCUGACAACUACGUGCAACCAGCCAGCAGCACAUGUUCUGGCAGCGGCUACAGGAGGUGACGCCAGCGCAGGUGACGUACCAGUGCUGCAAGGAGUGGUUGUGGACAGCGUCGAGGCUCGAGCGAACGAAGAAAUUGAGCUGGACGUUCUCAGCCGGGGAUCAACCACCACGGAAGACACCAGCACUACCGAGAAGAGUGCCUAUGAGCGAGAGAACAGGGAGGUGAACUUGGUUCACCAGGAUGGAGGCAUGGAAGACGAUACUACCAGCACCACUAGCAGCACCAGUAGUGCUGAGAGGAGCAGCAGGGUGAGUGACGCCACCACAUCCACGUCAUCCUCGCACACUGACGAAGCGGAAAGGGCGAUGGCCCACCUGUCAUGCCGACUGUGCUCCGAGGACGGAAGUGCGCCGGAGGAACCACUCUACCGGUGCCCGUGCCGCUGCACCGACACGUUCGUACACCGGUCUUGCCUGGAGCAGCUUUUGUACCAAGGGCCUGAGGGCGGCGUGUGCCCAGUGUGCGACACUCGUUACCCAGUGCGGCACCAGACCAAGUCGCUCUGGCUAUGGUUCUGGGAUCAGGGGUCGCGUGAGGAUGCCAACGUGUUUUUGGCCUACCUCGUGUUCAAUCUGGGUAACAUCGGUGUGCUCACCAUGGCUUGGAUGUACGUCCUGUUCGAGUUCAGCACCAAAUCAUGGCUUCCGACAGCCUCACUAGGCUCAGUCCUCUUCGUUCUCUCUGUCUUCUGGAUUGGGUUUGGCUGCCUGCGCCUCAGUGUCCGCUUCAUGACCCUUGUGCAAUGGAGGCGAGACAAUACGACCCUGAAAGUGUUGUUCACGGACAAAGUCACUUAG